ACGUAUCCAGGAAUAUAGGUGUAAAAAUUUUAUGAGGAAUAAAGUGAAAUUCCGUGCCAUUGACACAAAAAAAAAAAUAAAAAAAAAUAAUAAGUUAAUAAAUAUAAGAAUAUUGUGAAUAAUAUUAAACGUUUAAGAACAGUACAAAAUUUGAACACGUGUAAUUUUUUUUUUCAAAUUUUUAAAGAAUUUUUGAUUUGUUCGUAAAUUUAAUAAACGAAAUUGAAAUUAAUUUUAUGGUUUAAGAGUUGUGAUUAUUGUUAAUAUUAUAAGAUCGAACUGGUCAGGAAAAAAUUAAAACGACACAGCAAUAAGUAUAGUGAAAUUUUCGAUUAAAUACGCAAUGAAACAAAAUAUUUUAAAAGAAAAACAUUGUAUUACAAAAAAGAAAAGGAAGUUAAGACUUUAUCAAGAAAUACAAUUUAAGGAAUUUCAAAUUUCAAACAUAAUAUUUGAAUAUAGGAAUAAAUUGGAUAAAAUGAAAGCAGGAGAUAAAAAUGCAGCACCAUUAGUACGUCUUGUUGUUUUAGGAAAUGUGGGCGUUGGAAAAUCUGCACUAACUGUUCGAUAUUUAACUAAGCGUUUCAUUGGCGAAUAUCGAUCAAAUACAGACUUAUUAUAUAGACAAACAAUAUCUUUAGAUAGUGGUAUAAUUGAAAUCGAAAUUGUUGACAUAUCAUCCGAAAAUGAAAAUGAAUUUCCCACAGAACAGGUACAGUGGGCAGAUGCUUGUGUUAUUGUUUAUAGUAUUACAGAUCGUAAAAGUUUUGAAUAUGCAGGAAGAUCAUUAGCUGAAAUAAAAUCAAUGCAAACAGUUCCAUUAUCAUAUCUUGUUGGAAAUAAAGCUGAUUUGGAUCAUUUAAGAAAGGUUAAUGAAACGGAAGGUGCUUCAUUAGCUGCAACAUAUUCAAUUGGUUUCUGUGAAAUAUCAGUUGCUGAAAAUUCACCAAAUUUAUAUAAAGCAUUUGAUAAGUUAUUGGCCGAUACAAAAACACGUCCAGUUAAACAAAGAAAAUUUUCUGUAUCGAAAAUGAUUGGAAAUUUAAUUGGUGUCGCAACAAGUAGCAGUAGUAAUGGUAGUAAUAGUAGUAGCAGUAAUAGUAAUAAUAGCAAUAUUAAUGGUAACAGUAGUACUAGCAAUUAUAAUAUUAAUAAUAGUAAUGGAAAUGAUGGAAUAUCAAAACAAACAAUAUUAAAUCAAGGUACUGUUGUUCCAUGUCAUAAAGGUGAAUUAUUACAUAAAUCACGUGGUUUUAAACAACAAAGACAACCAUUAACAACAACAAACGGUAGUAUAUUGUGAUUAAAAUGAAAUUAACAGAGUGUAAUAAAAUAUACGAGUAAUAAUAAAAUUUUCUGGGUUUUCCAUUUUUCAUAUUUAUUGCUAUUAGAUUUAGAAACAAUAAUGGGGGGGAUGGUAACAAUAUUGUUAACAAAAAUAAAAUUAUGGUAUUUGG